ACUAAUACAGCAGCCUCGGGAGUACCUGCAGGAGGGAGUACCUACGAGAAGUAUCUGGAGGAGCGCGUACCUGCAAGAAGUACCUGCAGGAGGGCUUACCUGCAAGAAGUAGCUGCAAGAGGGUGUACCUGUAAGGAGUACCUCCAGGAGGCAGCACCUGCUGACAGUAUCGCAGUUUAUUGCUUAAUUGGAUUUUCUCGGCGGGCGCACCUACGGACGUGCCUGGAGACGCUGAAGGAGAUGGUGCCGCUGGGUCCUGACGGCUCCAGACACACUACGCUGGGUCUCCUCACCAGGGCCAAGCACUUCAUCAAGAACCUUGAGGACAAGGAGAGGAAGCAGACGGCCCACAAAGACCACUUGGCCCGGGAGCAGCGGUUCCUGCGCCGGCGGCUCGAGUCCUUGGGUCCAGGCCUCCUGCCUCACUUCGACAUGGAAAUCAUGGGCAAGCGGCGGUCCGUCUCAGAGAGUUCCUCCUUUUCCUCCUCAUCCGCAUCUUCCUCCUCCUCUUCCUCUACCUCAGAAUCAGAUGAGGUAGACAUACUGGGUUACGCGAGCAACCAGAGUGAUACUGACGACCACUCGUCCAUCCAGUCGUCAGCUAGUGACGGUGGAGUCACUAUCUCCACUCGCCGCCUCACCAUCACUGAGCCCCACUCGCAUGCUCUCUAGGUACACACACUUUUGAUACGUCUCAGACUUCAUAUAUUUCUGUAAAUCUAUUUGGCAUUAAACUAUGGUACAGUAGAAUAAUUGACGUACUUUUUACGUAAAUACCUGUACUCUUGUUGC